GGGGGAGCGGGGCGGGGAGAUGGAUAAACUGACCAUCAUCUCAGGAUGUCUCUUUCUGGCCGCCGAUAUCUUCGCCAUCGCCAGCAUCGCCAACCCGGACUGGAUCAACACCGGGGAGUCCGCGGGAGCACUCACUGUGGGCCUUGUGCGACAGUGUCAAACAAUCCACGGACGAGACCGGACGUGCAUCCCGCCUCGGCUUCCCCCGGAGUGGGUCACGACACUAUUUUUUAUCAUCAUGGGAAUCAUUUCAUUGACUGUCACAUGUGGUUUGCUGGUGGCUUCCCACUGGCGAAGAGAAGCUACAAAAUAUGCUCGAUGGAUAGCAUUCACUGGAAUGAUCCUUUUCUGUAUGGCUGCCCUAAUAUUUCCGAUAGGAUUUUACAUCAAUGAAGUCGGAGGUCAACCUUAUAAAUUACCCAACAACACAGUAGUUGGGUCAUCAUAUGUACUUUUUGUCUUAUCAAUUUUCUUUACAAUAGUAGGACUUCUAUUUGCCGGCAAAGUUUGUUUACCAGGCUGAUGAAUGUCUAAAUUGCUUGACUCUUUUAUUAUUUUUUAUUUUAUUUUAUUUUUUUACUUUUGGAGGGUGGGCAGGACAAAGGCAAGAUAUCUAAGCAGUCCUCUCAUAGGGAGACGCUUAGAUGAAACUGACGCUGAAAAGGAAAAAAAAUGCUUUGAUUUGUUCUCACUAUGCACUUUGGAUUUAAAAACAAAAAUUAAGGAGAGCCUUUUCCAUAACCAAAUACAGACAAUAUUGACUAAGUCUCCUGAGCAUUUUCAGGCAGUCAGGUCUGCACUGUGAUAGCAACCUAGUGAAGGAGAAUGCUUUAUACUGAAAAGCAUGUGGCCCUUUGUGACUCUGUUGUUCCAUUUUUAACGUCUAAUGAUUCAUUUGAGGGAGGAAAAAAAAAGUCUAAGUAUUUAUGAAUCAUGGUGGACCAGAGGGAUACAAGAGAAGUUCAUGUGGGGCUGGCCUCACCUCCUAAGAAAUUAGUGUUCACAGCUUCCUUGUCAUGGUAUGAGCCUUUGGCACCAGAAUGGAUUGCCAUUGCAUUACUGCACCAAGAAGCCAAUAGAUCAAAACUUGUUCACUAAAAUGUAUGUAAAAAUUCUGAAGUUCCCUAUUCUCUGUGUACAAAAAAAAUCAAACACUAAGAAACAUGUUGUUGGGGGUGGGUGGGUGGGGAAAAUGUUCCUUAUAUUUAUAUAAAUAUAUAUAUAAUAUAUAUAUUUUGCUGAUGCAGUAUACAGUGUGUAUAUAUGUGUGUGUGUGUAUGUGUGUGUAAAUUUAUAUACACACACAUGCAAACAGUUCCUGGAAGAGAACUCUGAAUGCUUUGCUAGCAAAACACUGUGGUGUGCAAACCUAGAACUCAAUAGAAAAAAAGCCAUUUAUCUGAAGGCUGCAUAGUGGAGAGAGUCUUCAGUUUACCUCAUUCUUUGUAGCAGCCCUUGAUUUUACCAGGUUUUUGUAAUAGGUACAAAUAAUCCCAUACCUUUCUAGGUGCAAUUUUAAGUUAAGCUAAAAUUCUUUGUAGGGUUAAUUUAUUUGUAUAUGAUAGUAGAAGGUAAGAUCAUGUAAAACCUUAUAAUUUGGGGAAUCUGACACUAUUUAAAUUAUUGGCAACUGUUGUCUGUUGUACAGAGGUUCUCUUUUUCUACUGGCUUGGUCUAUUACAUUAGUAAUGCAUUUUAUACGUUCAAGCGCACAACUUUACAUAAAUACAAAAUUCACUAGUAAUAUCAAUUUAAUAUUUUGGCUGUUUCUAACACUAACUUCACUUUGCCAUUAAAAAUUAAAUUUAUGUUCUUUUUAUCUGUAAGCAUUAUUAAUAUAUCUCCUUUACCAAAAACCUGAGCAAUACAAUAUUUUCUUUGUAUGCUAUAUGCCUUUGUUUGCUAAAAGCUAACAUUUUUGCAUUUACUUUAAAGGGCUGUACCAAACCCACAGCUUUAUGUUUUUUCCUAAAAGAAGCAUUGCAGCUAACCCUUGAACCCACAGAUACAGUAUUUCUCCUCUCCACAUUUCCAUGCCUUCAUGUCAAUGCGUAGCUGAUUUUCCAGGUGAACACUAUAGAUAAUCUCCCGUUUGAAGUGUGGGGCAGGAGGGUCCUUCAUGGCAAUGGAGUCUUUCACGGCAACAGCAACCCAGAUGUCCCUAUCAGUAGUUAGGGUCCCGUGUAGUCCGUGCGUCACACAAACUGAUACGAAUGCACUGUUUCUUUGAAAGCUAGAUGAUAAAUUACACAAUGAUUACUUCCGAGAUGGGGCUGCCUCCUCAGAUACUCAAGGUAUGAAAUGGAGGAGCCUGAUGCGUUUCACACUGGCUCGUUUGACACUCAGAUAUGUUAGUGUUAAUUCAGCAGUAUUUUAUUGUGGGGGAAAAAAGUGUUUCAGCUCACUCAGGAGUCGGGGUAAGAGGUGGACCGCCACUGUGGUGCAUUCCUUGAGUGUGCUGGGGAAAUGCCACACAUUUCCUUCCCAGGGUCAGAGAAUCCUUUGGGAAAUGCCUGAGGGAGACAUUUUCCCCAGGUACUAUGAUGCUUAGUCAAUUCUAAGAAUACCACUGGACGUGUGCUAUGGACGUUUGGGGUUGCAGUUCCCAUUGUGAUUUGAUUGGACCUCAGUCAAAUGGAUCACUUUGAAGGAAAGCUUUAGUUGUCACCAUUAUACCACUGAAAUAAAGUGUUAGCAAAGUAUAGUUCCAAUUAAUUUAUGAUAUGACCAAGAGGCUUACUCUUCCAAAAGAUGAAUUUUAUUGUAAAUAGUUUCUCAAAAUGUUUUUAACUGGAUCGUGAGCAUGGGGAGAGAAAGUUUCUCAGCUGCUAAGAAUUUCCCCACUGUUUACUUCUUUCACUUACAGUGGUAUUGCAUAUAAGAUUGCAGAAUUUAAGGUUUUAUUUGUAUCUAUUACACAGAACCAUUCAAUUGUCUUUAAUUUCAUCGUUGUCUUGGAGGUCCAGUGCACAAAGGGCUGAUAGGGGAAAGCUCCCUCUAACCAGUCAGCACUCUAACCCAGGAUUAAAACCGUCCCAUCAAGUAGUGUGUGAAGUCAGAUCUUUGUACUCUUCCAGACCAAACAUUGAAAUGGACUCAUUCAUAUAAAAUUCUAUAAAUCCUGUAAGUGAAAAGAUAGACAACUGUCAGCAGUUGCUUUUAAAAAGGUCACUAUAAUAAGUACUAUAUAGUACAGUAUUAAUUUAUAGCAGGAAAUCAUAUCUUGUAAACUGUAUAUAAAACACUGUUUUAUGGUGCAAUCAUUUGUCAAACUUUUGUCUGUUACAUUGUUUUUAGAGUGUGUGCAUUCUUCUCAUACCUAAGAACAUCACUGUAAAAUCUGCUGAAAACUAUUUACAGGUUUUAUUUGCACAAGACUUAUUUUGAAAUUUUUGGAAGCUCCUAUUGAACAUGCCUAAACAUCUGUAAACAUGAAAAAUCUUCAAUUCAUUAAAAGCAAACAUUUCAGUACGAUUCUUUCCAAAGGUAAUCCAUGUUCUAUGUUGUUAAUGUGUGUAUGUAAUGUUUCUGACUCUUUUACUUCUUAUAAACCUAUUUUCUGUUUCAUUUGUUUUCUUUUUGAAGCACGGCCCUUUUUUUUUUUUUUUUAAUGUUCUAGAUGACCAAAACACUUCAUUGGUUUUUACCCUUUUGCCUAAAUCUUUGAUACCCCCGCUUGAUGUUCUGUGAAUUCACUGUUUAAUCUCUUAAGUAAAAUAAUGAAUAGUCCUGGUGACAUAAAAUCUAUCGAUUUAGAGGAAAGACCCUGAAAAAGUAUUGGAAACUAACUUUGGAUAUGCUAGUCUUAGCUAUUAUUUUGCAUCGUGGGCUUCGUGGGAAGAACAUGUUGCAUUUAUUUUGUCUUUAUUAAAAGACUACUAGCCGCAAGUUACUCUGAUUGUAGUAACUUUUAUCAACCCACUUUGAUCUUCUUUAAAAUAUUAAAUUUACAUUCAUAAUUCAAAACAGUAAGCUGUCUUGCAGAACUAAUUUUUGAAGGAUAAAAACAUAUGAAGGAAAAAAGUGGCCUGUGUAGGUUGGAUUCUCUACAUAGGACUUACUAGUUAUAUCAUCUCGAGAGAUUUUAAAGUUUGUGAUCAAGGCCUGUAUAUUACCCCAAACUUUAUUAAGAAUUGUUUUCUAAUUGGUUAUAACAUUUUUCAAUUAAUAGUUUCAAAACAAAUUGUUAAUACAAACUGUAUAAAAUGAACAUAAUUUUCUUCACUUGUAUUUUUGUUAUUGAGCAAGUUUAUCAAAAUAAAUUGUCUACUAAAGAAACUAAAAAGGCUUCUAUUACUUUGAAAUAAGCUUUGAAUUUUAAAAUUUAUUUCACAAAUUGAUUUCUUACAGAGGCUUCACGUAUUUACACAGUGACAAUUCCAUGCACUCUUGGUUUUGUUUUGUUAUUAGCAUUGUGCAGGGUAAAGUCUCCCCUCUCUUCCUCCACUCUCCCUCCUAGCUCCCUGCUAGGGAAGAGAUGCUGUUAAUAUUCUAGAACAUGGAUUAGGCUGUGUUUACCAAUAAGAAGAGGCACUCACUCAGCAAUAAAAGAUUGAACCAAGGCUCACAAAGCCAAUCAUCUUUCUUUUCUUUUUUCCUUGCACAUCAACUUAAGACCUUUCACCUUUGCUUCAGUCUUCUGUUUCUACUGUAUUUCAGGCCAAAGUCUCUUAGCUUGUAAGAUUUUAAAAUCUGGGUUGAAGGAGCAACAUAGAGGCCUUUGGUCUCUAGACUUACCUGUGACCUCCAUCAUAGCUUUACUGUAACUCUAGGAGUACUGGGGUCAGCCCAGCCCAAUAAUAACUAGAAAUCAAGUAAAACACUGUGUUUACCCUUUGCUGCUGCUGGUUCUUUAUAUGGCCUCUUCAGGCGGCCCAUGGGGAAUUGGGAGAAUUAAGACAAGGCAGGAUUUGGAUAUUCUUGGCUUCUGGAUAUUAAGGGUAUCUUCUUAGGGUGACCAGCCAUCCUGGUUUGCCUGAGACUGAGGGCUGUCCUGGGACAUGAGACUUUCAGUGCUAUAACUGAGAACGUUUCAGGCAAACAAGGAUGAGUUGAUCACCCUACCUUCACACCAUUCGGAUCUUAACCCUGAUUUAUUACACAGAUUAACGGUAUUUGAAGAGUUCUUUUCUAUACACAAUGAAUGGGUCAACUGGAAAUUGUGGUGGUAGACUUAAUACUGAACUUCUUAAGAGAGGAGAGGAAAACACUUUUUCCUUCUCUUUGGUAAUGCUGUAGGAAAAGGUAACAGACUGGCUUUAAAAGCAAUAACAUGGGUUAAAAAAUACCUUAUUUUUGCUUCAUCUUCCAUCAGCUCUAUUCUAACCACUGUAUGAGAAGAUUACGGGAAAAACACCGAGACUAGAGGACUGUGGGUUCCUUUUAUGCAAAGUCAACUCUUCUGGGUCACAGUUACCCAGCAACAAAAUAAAAGUAGUUAUUUAUAAAGUGGUAUUAAAGACAGAAAGCAUAAUGCUGUAUUAUUUUUUAGAAUUUUGGUUUUUUUCCCAGGAGGGAAAAAAAAAACCCUGGGAUAUUUUCAAGCACAGUCAAUGUUUCUACAGAUCAGCCCAAUUCCAAAAACUAAGACCACCCAAGAUCAAAUUUCAAGAAGAAGAUUUUCAUGAGCCUCAAAAUUUCAGAGUUGGAUAAAAUCUAAAAGAGCACAUCCAGUGUUUCCGUUUUCCAGAUGAAGAAAUCAAGGACACAAAGGCUUAGUAACUGUCCCAAACUCAUACAACUAGGUCUCAGCAAAAACUUUCAAUGUAGGAAAGAAUGUCUUUGACAAAUAGGCUUUGGACAGUUGUUGACUUAGGUCAGUUCAAAUUCUAUAGCCCCUUGUACCAGUCUUUCUUCAACCAAUCUCCGUCUACUUCAGCUCCAAAUCAUUUCUGCCAAAAUAGUCAACACACAAGAAAGCUUUGCAUUUCCUUAUCUCAGUUCCUGUCAUGCCCACCGUCUACGGAACGAAGUCUAAACUUCUUCAGCGUAAUAGUGAACAGCGUGAUCUGGCUUCAGCCUCCUCAAGUCUUUUUUCCGUUCAUUCUCUCUUCACCCUUUACUGACAGAACAGCCGAUCCUCCAUUCUUUCACCACACCUUGCUCUCUGUCUUAGCUGUACCUGUACGACCUCCUUCUUGCAGUUUACCUAAUCCCUCCUGUAUCUGAAAUACAUUUAAUUUUUUGUGUGUGCUUUGUUUCUCUUUUGCUUGUACCUCUGUAACAGAAUUUACUAGAGGGAAAUAGACUGCCUGGACCCAAGUCUCAGUUCCACCAUAAAUCACUUAAUAAAUCACUUAACCUCUUCGCACCUUGGUUUUCUCAUCUGUAGACUGAGCCUCAUAGUACCUACCUCACAGAGUUAUUGUUGGCUUCAGUGAGAUAAAGCAUGGAAAGUUCCUGACACAUAGCAAACAUUCAAAGGUUAGUUGCUACUGUUUUUAAACACCUGUCUAAAACUAGGUCACAAACUCUUGAGUUCAAGGUAUGCGGCUUUCUCAUCGUCCAUAGAGAUCUGACACAGCGCUUUACGCAUGAAUUAUCAUGAUUAAAUUUGGAGCUAGGUUAUAAAGGAAAAUUAUGAAUCUGUGUUUCUGGAAAUUGGAAAGGCCAAGUCACCUAUCUGCCAGGAUUGCUAAGGUGACGUUUUUUCUGAAAGCAGACACUUGCCCAGGUCAGCCUUUAUAAGUUAAGUGUGUUAUCUUAUCAGUAAGUAUUUGACUGUAAUAUACCAGUCUCAUUGACCUCCUUAGGAUUUCUCUGUGGAUUCAAGGCCCUUUACUACUGAACUUACAGUGCUCCAAUACUGAUCCUUACACAGAGGACGAGGACGACGCCAGCACCCUGUUGAUCCUGAGAGAACUCUCUGGAGGUUUCUUCAAGCUUGUGAGUUCUCCAUUCUCUUGAAGCCAUCCAUACAUUUGGUAUGUUUUGCAAAAACUUGGUUCUGCCAAGAUGGUUUUAAUUAUUUCUGCUAAAAGGAAUGGACUCGAGGAUUUUUAUCUCAUUUUAGAUGUGAUUAUCCCCAACUGGCCAUCUCAUGGCACUUUAAGUAGAUAUUGCCAAUGUGGCCACAAUUAAACCAAUCCCUAUUUAUUAUCUGUCGGGGCAAGUCAGUAAAAUAGGUGCUGUGUCCUGACUCUGGCACUCUUUUCAUGUUGUUUAAAUAUUUAGUUGUGUAAGACAAUUCGAGCAUUUUCUUAAAUUAAAAAAAAAAAAACUCAUUGCUUUGUCCUCUGUGACAAAAUACAAAUGCAGUUGAAGAGCCAUCAAAGACAAGCCCUUCCACUACCCAUAAUAAAUCGCUCUAGGGGAAAAAAUAAUCCACAUAUCUAAGGUCUUCGACUCCCUCAUCUUCUACGUAUUUUACUGAUGUCGUUAGGGUAAAAUGGACUUGAACAUUGCAGUUACCCACACUCACACCACUCAAAUACUUUAGCUCAUUUCUGCUUUCAGGAUAACUUUUCUAUCCUAAGUGCUGUUGUAGAGAAGGAAGUUACCAUGACCCUAAACUGAGACAAAAGGGUUUUGGUUUGGUUUGGUUUGGUUUUAUAGUAACACAUGUCUGUAAAUUUUUUAAAUGAAUAUAGGAAAUUAAAAGAUUCCUCUCCCACAAUCCACCUUCCAGAGAUCACCACUGUUAACAUUUAUUCUUUCAGACAUUUUGCAGCCUUUAAGUUGUGUGUUUGUGUGUGUGUGAAUAGUGUGUUUACAGAUGUAUAUUGUGUGUGUGUAUAUAUAUAUAUAUAUAUAUGAUGGAUAUGUCAGUUGUUUUAACAAAAGCAAGAUCAUAUAUAUAACUGCCACUAUUUCCUUUUUUAACUUAAUUUAUGAUGAAUAUCUUUCUGUGUCAGUAAAUAUAGAUCCUUAUUUUUAAUGGCUGUAUAGACAGAUAUCUCUAUGAAGUGUGUAUAUAUAGUAUACACACACACACUAUAGAUGCAUUUCUCUCUUCCCCUGUUGCUGUACAUUUAGGUUGUUUCCAGGUUUUUGCUAUUACAAAUAAUGCUGCUGUGAAUUUAGCCUUUAGAUAACAGAAACUUCCCAAAUGUCAUAGUAAUCUGACAUUCUAACUGAAGCAUAUCAACUACUCUAUUAAGGCAAUUCAUAAUUUUAAAAGUACUGUGGUUAAAACAUAGUGGCAUUCAUAAGAGUUCAGAGCUAGAAACUAACAUAAAGUUCAUGUUGUAUUUUUCCAUAUGUCACCUUAAUUCUCCUCCUGUGAAGUAGGAGAUAAUUUUUUAUAGACUAGAAGACCUAAGGAUCAGAAGGGUGAACAAUUUACCCAAAGUUCUGUUGGUGAAUCUGGGGUUCAAACCUCAGUUCCCUGACUUCAAAUCUGGGACGACUUCUGCUGUCCCACAUGGCCAGUUUAGCUAGUCUAAAAGAAAUAAAAAUAGCCUGUCCCAGUUGCAUGAUUUCUUGGCUCAGACAUGAGCAGCUAAAUCUAUGGUUUGCUUCUUCUGGAUGCAGAAUGCAAACAACCAUAAAAAGUAGCCCCUACUUAGAAGCAACUUGUGAAUAUUAUGUAUUUUGUUGAAAGAAAAAAAUUAUAUGUUAUUUUUAAGUUGUGUUUAAUCAUCCAUCAUUCCCUGCUCAUUGUCAAGCUUUCUCCAGUCAUCACUAAGUGGUAUUUUAUAGUGCUCACUUCCUCGACUGGUGGAUUAUAUCAUGUCACCCAUUGGUUUUAUCUGGACCUUUUUGAGAAUUGAGCACCCAGGGAACUUUUCCCAAAGAGAAUAUCCCCUACCCUCCCUGUAGCAGUUUAGAAAAACAACUAGAUCCCUUCUUCCUUGUUGGUAGGAAGUCUGUCGGUCAUUGAGGUCCCCUAGGGUUGUACAGAGAUCCAUGGCUCAAACAUUAGAAAGUUCCCUCCAGUUGUUUGUCACCUGUCUACACAUCGCUGCUGAAACACCAACUAUUCCAGGCCAAAUGUUGCAGUAGUUCUACUGUGUCCAAUCCCACACCUGGGGCAUGGUAACCUUUGGUGAGCUGGGAGCCCCUAUGCCUCUAGACUUUAUCCAUGGAUGUACCAAGGAAGGACCCAUUUCUUCUUAGGUCUUGCCAUCUCACCAGUGUUGCUGCCAAGCACUGAGCAGGUUCCCGCCUCCCUCUGAUUUUCAGAUCUGAUUUCUUGACCUCUUUAUCUGGGGACUUUUCUCUCCCCUUUGGCUUUCCUCAGAGUCGUGUUUGCCUAGUACUUGUGUUCCCUUCUUUGGUUAAAUGAAGCAAAACAAAUACAACAACAAUGAAAAUAGCUCUUUUCAUGGGGCUGAUUUCACCCUCUGUCUGGCUCCAGGACUAAGAUGCAGAGCCAGGUCUGGCCAAUCAGUCAUAGUGAUUGAUUCAGGAAUGAGUAUGUCAUGUGACCAAGUCAAGCCUGGGUCUUUGCUGGAGCUCCGGGGAGGGAGUUGUUCUUCCUCUAGGGUUGCUGAAAGCCAUGGAGGGGAAAACAGGGCUGAUGUUCCAAGUUUGCCAACCACUCAUGAAGAACCUGCCUAAGAAUAAAGCCAUCACAGAAGAAAAGAAGCUGAGAAAUGGAGACAGAUUCCUGUUAACAUCAUUUUAGCCUUUAGAUCAAGCUGUAUCUGAAGCCAGAACUAUUGCUGGAUUUUUCUGUUAUUUGGGCAAAUAAAUUCCCUUUUCUCCUUACGCCAA